AUGGAACAAGACCCCGGGUUCAUCGCCGCCGUGGAAGAAGCCAAGCAGGGCUACGCCGAGGGCGGAGUCCCCAUCGGAGCAUGCCUCGUCUCCAAAGACGGGAAGAUCCUGGGCCGGGGCCAUAAUCUGCGCGCGCAGAAGGGUAGUGCGACGUUGCAUGCGGAGAUCUCCGCACUCGAAAACUCAGGCCGUCUGCCUGCGUCAGCCUACGAGGGCGCAACCAUGUACACGACGCUGUCGCCCUGCGACAUGUGCACCGGUGCCUGUAUCCUCUACAAGAUCAAGCGCGUUGUCAUUGGGGAGAACAAGAACUUCGUUGGUGGCGAGGAGUAUCUGUUGAACCGCGGCGCGGAGGUGGUGGUGUUGGAGAAUGCGGAGUGUAAGGAGCUUAUGGCUAAGUUUAUUGAGGAGAGGCCGGAGCUUUGGUGA